GUUAAAACUAACUUUCUUCCCGUGUAAUUGGACCUCAAAGUCUUCUCCAACUGAGAAAGCCUUGUUGCCUUGACAACACAGAAACUUUGACAUGGCGUCCCUUUUAACAGACCCGUUGUUUGAAAUCUCUGGACGGGGCCCUCCACCCAAUAACAACUUUUAUUAUUUUGCUGUCACCAAGUCAGAUGUGAUAUGGAGAUGGUGGAAGAUAUCUCUGAGAACUGUAGACAGGAACUCCAAGCCUGGGGAGCUGAGGGAGUCUCACCAGGACUUCUUGGAUGACACUUUGCUGCAUAGUGAGGUCAGCAUGGUUUUCGGUCGUCAAAUCUUGCAGUACGCCAAGGCUUUGUGCCAAGGCUGUUAUGAUUAUCUGGAGCACCUGUCUGACUCCUUACUUCUGCGGAUAAUAAAUUAUCUAGAACUAGAAGAUGUGGGUCAGCUUGGACGAACGUCACGCAGGUUCAGGCAGCUAUGUGGAUCAGAGGAGUUUUGGGAACAGGCAGUGCGGCGGCGCUGCAACACAGUUUCGGCUGAAGUGGCAUCUCUGGCGCUUGAGGUCGGCUGGCGUAGCAUAUUCUUCACCAGCAAGCUACAGCUGCAGAAGCUGAUCAGCCGCAGGAGGCUGAAGACCGAGGAGCCACAGGAAGGACAGGUCUCUGUCCCAGAUACAAAGGCAGAGGAAUCUCCUGAUGAAAGCUCAGAGACAGACCGAACAUCUGGUUUUGAGGAGGAAUCUCACCCUGGCAUUAUCUCAGAUCUAAGCCUUAGCACCGACACCAGCUCUUGCUGUGAUGUUAACCCUGACCCUAACCCCGAACCAGAGGCUGGCUCUGAUUCCAGAGUGCCUGUGCCUGGCCAGUUGUUGGAGGACAUAAAUCACUGUGUGGUGGAAACACCGGUGCAGAACAGUGCACUGAGCAGUGAUAAAGGAGACUGCAGUGCAGAGCCAGACAAAAGACUGAGUUAAUCCUUCUGUCAAAUAUUGCACAAGUCCUGUAUUUCAAGCUUACUGUUAUAUUGAUAUGCCAUUUAUACACCUCCCCCAUCCUAAAAUGAGUUGUGUAUUGAUUAUCUGAAGAAUAUUAUCUUUUAUUUGUCAAAUAUAAAAAAAAAAAAAUCACGUUUGUUUUGAUAUGAUUAUUGAGUUGUCAUUAAUCUACAAGAUAUUUGGGGACAUUUUCAUUGGUAUGUCCAUUGUGCCAUGACUUUUCUGACUUUGUGUACAUUAAUAACAGCAAUACAAAAAUAUAACAGGACAUUGUAGUAGAUAAUAAUUGUUCAUUGUAAUAUACAAGUUGUUAUAUACAAUAUUGUAAGUUGUUGAUUUAAUAUAAAUUUAAUAAGCAAU